UGAACCACGUGACUGCGCGUCACAUAACCUAUUUGAACAUCGGCGAGGAUGAUAUAAUCGUACAAUUUCAAUCAAUUGUGUCUUAUCCAUGGAUGAAGAAAAACUGGUUCCAUCGCAAGGAAUUGACGCAAAUUGUUUGAUUAACGUAACGUUUAUGUAACGUCGUGAUUUAUUCAUGCGCAACACAUUCUUCAUCGCUUCUGACGUUUCGGCUCGACGAAUAACACAGAAGAUCAUCUCGUUCGCGACGAAAUUUCUCAUCAAACUCAUUAGCGAGGAUCAUUAUUUAGCGCUUCCCGGGAGAGACGGAUAAACAGAAUUCUUAUCGCAGCGUCCGAAAAAAGCUCGAGGCAACAUCGUCAUCGUCAUCGUUAUUAUUUAAAAAAAAAACGAGACGCUCAGCCAAAUAAGAAGCGGGACGAGGGACGUGUCACGUGGUCAGCGUCGUGAAAACGGAGGAUCGCCGAGAGAUGGCGCCACCGAGGGCGGUCGAGACUCGAGACAUUGGGCAUCGUACGAAGGCGAAUUCUCCCUCGAUAUGAGGGCCGAGUGAAUAAAGCAGCGAACGACGAUUUUUCAUCACAUCGCUAUUUACUAACGUUAGAAGUCCGUAAAGCGCAGCUCGCGGCUGCGAGAAUGUUUUGAGAGCGAUAAUAGAGCGGUAACACGUGCGGAUAGAGCAUUGUAUUACCUGGAGGAGCACCUUACAAGAUUCUUUGUACCGAAGAUAAUAACCAAAAUGGCAUCCCAUGAAAACAAUGAAAAUUCUGUGAAAUCUUCUGCCGCAAUAAAAAUAAAUGCAGCUGCAUCGUCUAAAGCUGAUGAUAAGGAACCAUCGAUUGUUUCGUCAGUCAAUCAGAAUAAUGAAUCGAAGAAUGCUGUUAAUACAGAGGAAAAGAAGAGCUUAACGCUAGAUGUAAGCGAUGAACAUACAAAUGUAGAGGAAAAGGAUGCUGAUAAAGUAAAAAACGAAAGCAAACACGAUUCAAAUUCAUUGGUAACUGUUAAGAAACAAUUGGACGACAGUGAGAUAGAUAAGAAGCAAGAGGCACCAAAUAUGGAUAUAAAGCAGGAGACACCAAAUGCAGAUUCUCAAAAUACGGAUGAAAAGAAGGAUAUUAAAAAUGAAGAUGAUAAAGAUUCUGCAAAAGUGGAAUCUGUUUUAAAACGAAAGCGAAAAUCUUUAAGUACUUUGACAGCAACGGAAUCUUCUGUCGAGGAAAGCAGCACUAGGAGCAAGAGGAAGAGAUUGAAGAGCACUCACGACCAGUUCUGCUGGCGAUGUCAUAAGGAAAACAUCGAUGCUCAUUGCACCGCAUGUCCUCGUUCAUGGCAUCGCAAGUGUAUAGGCGGCAUGCCGUCCUCCUUGGAGAAAUGGAUAUGCGGGGAAUGCGUGACCAUUUUGAAGGCCGAGAAUGCGGAAACGCGUUCCGUGGCGAUGGCGCAAUUGUCCGUGGAUCAAUUGUGCAUGUUACUCAAGCAUGUGGUCGAGAGAUUACGCGACUAUCCUGGCUCUGAACCAUUCUGCAAACCGGUAGACCUCACAGAAGUGCCAAACUAUUUGGAUUACGUCAUCAAGCCGAUGGACUUGAGUCUCUUGGAGUCAAAUGUGCGAGCCAAGCUCUACGGCAGCACUGACGCGUUUAUGGCCGACGCGAAAUGGAUCCAACACAAUUGCAUUGUGUUCAACACGUGUGGUGGUGUUUAUGCGGACACAUUGAAGCUGACAAAUACAGCGAAGCAGAUCAUCAAAAUGGCGCGCCAAGAAGUUUCGGAGAUCGAAGGCUGUCCCGAUUGUUACGCACACGGCAGAAAUCUGCCGAGGCCUCAGCCGUCGUGGUUCAUCGAGCCUUGUCGUCGACCACAUCCGCUUGUGUGGGCCAAACUAAAGGGUUUCCCGUUCUGGCCAGCGAAAGCGAUGCCACGGGUGAACUCCCAAGGAUUCGUGGACGUGCGCUUCUUCGGCGAGCACGAUCGCGCCUGGGUACCGCUGAAGGAUCUUUAUCUAUACUCCGAGGAGCCGCCCGCGCCGUCUCCGCGUAAACGAAAGUCCGACAUGGACGAAUGCGUGCGCGAAAUCACUCGUCACUGUAGAAAACUCGCGCUUAUUUACGGUCAGUUCAAGUUUGCGCCGCCCAAAGUGCAGUACAACCCGAACGACCCGAUGCAGAUUAAGCUGAUGCUGCCGAAUUACGAUCCGCUCGAACCCAACAAUCAUUUUUCCAAUUCCGAACCCUCCAUGACCCCGAAGAAAAAGACGCCCGUGAGAAGACGGAAUCUCCCGAUUAAAGGCAAUUCGCAGAAUGACGAGUCGAUUGAUAAUGACGAGCUAAACGUUAGCUCGAAAGAGUCUGAUAAGCAUGAAAAGGAGAGCGAAGCUACGCCACCAAAAGUACAAAAAGCAGACGGUAAGGAUACUCCAAACUCGCAGACGAAUCUAGAGGAUAAUAGUAAAUUAAGAAAAAAAGUUGAAACGGUUGCUCAAAACAAAACGGUAAAAAAUGAGAAAUCGAAAACCGCAAAAACAAUGUUGUCUCGAUUAGAUACUGUCGUCAUCAAUAAUGUCGCUGAAAAUAGCAAUACGUCAACUUCUAAUGUUUACAAACAUAUCACGGAAAAAAAUAGUUCGCCGAAAUCGAAAAACGAAUUAAAAUCCUCUACGGAGAAUUCGCCUAAGUCUACGACACCAACUAAUGAAUCAUCAUCAUCAUCAUCCAGCACGUCGCGUGGACAGAAGAGAAACCUCUUGAAAAAUAUCAUCAAUCCUAAGUUGGUGCUCUCGCAAACAGAAAAUACGACGAAAAGUGUCGCGAAGAUCACCAAAGUGUACAAACCGAAAACGAGGAUGGUCGACAAACUGAACGCGGAGAAGGCGCUGAAAUCUAUUAUCACGAGCAAGGAAAACGAGAGACUGUCGUCGCCGAGUUUGCCAGGCGCGACGAUAGUACACAAGGCUACGCUGUUAAACAACAAGGAAUCGUCGGGUACUCAAAAGAUACCCGAGAUCGACAUAACAUUGUCACCACCUUCUACGACUGCGAAAAUCCCUCAUAUUUCGUCGUCGUCGGUAAAUUCCGAUAAACCCGUUGUGAUUAAUCCCGUAGCAGAUAAAUCCGUUGUGCUCUUUGUGCUGAAUAACAGUGGGAAGACAGAGGCUGCGAAGCAAGCUUCGUCGACAGCCGAGAGCAACAAGGAUAUGACAAAAGAGCACAAUUCGUUCAAAGAACUCGCGAAGAAGGAGAGCAAAGCUAAGAAGACCUUCCCUAACAAAUCACGUAAUCCACAAAUUACAUCCUCUCGCCCGUUGUUCGAUCCAGACGAGUUUGUCCAGGUUUCCCCGAGUAAGCGAGAAACAUCCUCCUCCGGUUAUCAACUGCCGCCUCCGCAGGCCGGACCGAUCAGCGCGCGUCUACAUCAAAAUGUGAACGAACUGGCAAGAAGAAUGGGCCAGUUGAUGGAAGAAGCGUAUAAGGAGGCGGCUCAAACCUACAUUAACGGUGAAAACGGUAUUGCCGACAAUUGUCAGGGGAUAUUCUAUCUAAAGAUGCAGAUCGAACACUUGAAGUGGAAGCAUCAACAGCAGCUGGCCGAAUUGAAACACAACACUGAUCGUACCAUGCGUGAGAUGCGCGCGAGUCUAGAGGCAGAGAAGUUGCGAUCGGUCGAGGAAGUUCGCAAAGAGGCCGAAGAGGAGAGGGUUCGCUGUAUUGAAGAGAUAAAGCGGAAACAGUGGUGCGCCAAAUGCGGACGGGAAGCGAUGUUUUACUGUUGCUGGAACACCGCUUAUUGCGAUUACCCGUGUCAGCAGUCACACUGGUCGGUUCACAUGCGAACUUGUUCCCAACAACCCCCCUAUACCACCCUCGUCGCCAGUCCAGGCGCGAAUUCGAGCGCGCAGCAGAGCAGUAAGACCAUGACGCACGACCCUGCGGGCAGGGUGUAUGCUUUACCACCCAGCAAAAUGAGCGGGAUUCCGUCAUCGUGGCCUGCUUCGUCUCUUAAAAAUAAAACUAGGCAGGAUAUAGUUUAGACAAAUCACGAUUUAUUUGUGAUCGAUAAUCGAUUCGAUAGUAAUUGUACAAUAAAGUUUUAGUUUAAGUUUACAAUGUUGCGACAUUACAAACACCAGCAGGUUUUGAUACAAAACUUAAAUCCAAACGUUUAUUCUUUAUAAUUCGAGAUCACACGCAAUAGGCGUGUACGUAAUUCAUUUCUCUUCUUGAAAAAGACAUUUUUAAUUCUGCAAAUGUAAAUAAUUAUAAUAAUUAAUAAUAUCGUGCAAUUUUCAACACAUCAAUACUCUUGAUACAUUAAGUUACAAAAGACUUGAAUAUAAUGUUAUACACAUCUCAUUAAUUAAGUUUUGUAAUAAACUGUGCACUUUAAUUUAAUUCGUUAGUAUUGAAUAAUAUUUAAUUAGAUAGUUACUCCAUCUAGAGAAGAUGUAGAUGUGUAGCGAUUACGAAAAGAUGAUAUGAGAUAAGAAAGUGUUGAGUAUCCUUAGACAGAUAGGCUGGCUUCUUGCGAUAUAAGUAAUUACACAUGUAGUGGUUUAAGCAUUGAUACAGUAAUAAUUCAUUCGUAUUGAAGUAAUGUU